AUGGCAGAAUACAAUAAGUGUAUCUACUCACUCCAGAUCACCAUACACCAUAAGUACAGCGACAUCCUGUCCUGCGACAUCCUGUCCUGCUACAUCCUGUCCUGCUACAUCCUGUCCUGUUACAUCCUGUCCUGCUACAUCCUGUCCUGUUACAUCCUGUCCUGCUACAUCCUGUCCUGCUACAUCCUGUCCUGCUACAUCCGGUCCUGCUACAUCCUGUCCUGUUACAUCCUGUCCUGCUACAUCCUGUCCCGUUACAUCCUGUCCCUUUACAUCCUGUCCUGUUACAUCCUGUCCUGCUACAUCCUGUCCUGUUACAUCCUGUCCUGCUACAUCCUGUCCCGUUACAUCCUGUCCUGUUACAUCCUGUCCUGCUACAUCCUGUCCUGUUACAUCCUGUCCCGCUACAUCCUGUCCUGCUACAUCCUGUCCUGUUACAUCCUGUCCUGCUACAUCCUGUCCUGCUACAUCCUGUCCUGCUACAUCCUGUCCUGCUACAUCCUGUCCUGUUACAUCCUGUCCUGCUACAUCCUGUCCUGCUACAUCCUGUCCUGCUACAUCCUGUCCUGUUACAUCCUGUCCUGCUACAUCCUGUCCUGCUACAUCCGGUCCUGCUUGGUCACAGUUUCUCUUGUUGACAGUGGAUCACUGAUAUGA